CGAAAGCUCAUGCUCUAAUAAAUGGGUUAGUCUCUAAGGUGCCACAAGUCCUCCUUUUCUUUUUGCGGAUACAGACUAACACGGCUGCUACUCUGAAACCUAGCAGCUUGGUGGCACUAGGACCCUUGAGAGCCUGAGUGGGGCUCUGCUUUCCCGAUUAGGAGUGUACAAAUGUCACCACUCGAGCCAGGUGCUUGAGCCUGACUGGCCUACUUAAAAAUAGCCACAACCCUGUGCUCUCUGGGAAUGCCACAGAGAUGGCUGCUGCCUGCCACCCACCCACCCGCUUCCACCUCGUCCACGGCACCAACAUCCGCAUCGACCCCUCCCACACUCAGGCCACCAGGGUGGAAAGCUUUGCCAACGGACUAUGUUUCAGCCAGGAGCCCCUGGAGCCUGGACAGAUCUUCCUGGUGGAGAUCGAGGAGAAGGAGCUGGGCUGGUGUGGUCACUUGCGGGUGGGGCUAACAGCACAUGACCCAAGAAGCCUGGAUGUGGUGCCAGAGUAUUCACUCCCAGACCUGGUCAAUAUGGGGGACACCUGGGUUUUUGCCAUCACCAGGCAUCACAACCGUGUUACUCCAGAUGGCUCGGAGGCUCGGGUCCAAGGCUUCCUCUCAGACCCCUACCUGCUCAUAGAACAAGUCAGGAUUCCCCGAGACAAGCUAGUGGGGCGGAGCAGGCCUAGCCAGUACAGCCACAUGCUGGAUGACUUGUACAAGACAAAUGUGCUGCCCCCGACAGCCCGGAGGAGCAGGAUUGGGGUGUUGUAUGCCAUCCGGUCUGACGGGAUGGCAGACAUGCACAUCAUCAUCAAUGGAGAGGACAUGGGACCGAGUGCCAGGAGCCUCCCUGCCUCCCGCCCACUCUAUGCAGUGAUCGAUGUCUUUGCGUCAACGAAGAGCGUCCGUGUCAUUCAAGUGGAAUAUGGCUUCCCUUCCUUACAGACCCUCUGUAGGCUGGUCAUCCAGAAGCACAUUGUCCACCGAUUGGCCAUCGAUGGGCUGGACCUGCCUCCACUGUUGAAGAACUUCUGCAAAUACGAAUGAGAUGACAAGAUCUCCUUCAGCAGGCAAGCCCUUCAAACUUGCAGACCCUGUGAGUGACCAAGAAUGGCCUUCCAGAAAGGGAUCCAUACUUCCAGAACUGCUCUUCCAUCUUCAACCAAGGAGCCCCAGGAGCAGAGGUGACCCCCCCACCCCCCACUUCACAGCAGCUGACUGGAACCUCAGCAGUUACACCCAUCCUGACACACAUUGUGCCAUGGAAGUCUGCUGUGCCAUAAAAUGGCACAGAGACCACUGGAAUGGCAGAGCCUUACAGCACAGACAAUCGAUAGCAGAAGGGAAGGAAUCGCAGCAGUUGGGGGAUUCCCUGCACACAAAGGGAUAUGGAGGGAUUGGUGCCAGAUUGUUGUUAUAA